CGGCUGUACAUAAGACUAUUAAACAUAAGCUGAAAGUGACGUGGCUGCGAUUUACGUGGAAUUGUCAGGAGGAAAGGAAAAAUUUACAUUUCUUUUUUGAUGAUUUGACAGCAGCAUCAUGCUUACAAAAUUUGAGACGAAAUCUGCAAGGGUGAAAGGCCUGUGCUUUCACCCCAACCGACCAUGGAUCCUUGCCAGCUUGCACAAUGGCAACAUUCAGCUGUGGGACUACCGUAUGUGCACUCUCCUGGAGAAGUUUGAUGAACACGAUGGUCCCGUUAGAGGGAUAAGUUUCCACCAACAGCAGCCGCUGUUUGUAUCUGGAGGUGAUGACUACAAGAUCAAGGUCUGGAACUAUAAACUCAAAAGAUGUCUGUUCACUCUCCUUGGACAUCUGGACUACAUCAGAACGACCUUCUUCCAUCAUGAAUAUCCUUGGAUCUUGAGCGCAUCUGAUGACCAGACCAUUAGGAUUUGGAAUUGGCAGUCAAGGAACUGUGUCUGUGUUCUUACUGGACACAACCAUUACGUCAUGUGUGCAAACUUUCAUCCUUCUGAAGACCUUGUUGUCUCUGCUUCUCUUGAUCAGACUGUCCGAGUCUGGGACAUCCAAGGGCUGAGGAAGAAGAACAUCUCUCCUGGUCCAAGCGGCCUCGAGGAACACCUCAAGAAUCCGAUGACCCCUGACCUUUUUGGAACAGCCGAUGCUGUGGUCAAGCAUGUACUAGAGGGACAUGAUCGUGGAGUGAAUUGGGCUGCCUUCCAUCCUACGAUGCCACUGAUUCUGUCUGCUGCUGAUGAUCGCUACGUCAAGCUGUGGAGAAUGAAUGAUGCUAAAGCGUGGGAGGUUGAUACAUGUCGUGGCCAUUACAACAAUGUAUCAUGCGCCAUCUUCCAUCCUCGUCAGGAACUCAUCCUGAGUAACUCAGAAGAUAAGAGCAUCAGAGUCUGGGACAUGUCAAAGAGGACAUGUAUCCAGACUUUCCGACGUGAUCAUGAUCGUUUCUGGGUUCUUACAGCUCAUCCAAGCCUCAACCUCUUCGCUGCUGGUCAUGACAGUGGCAUGAUCGUCUUCAAGCUCGAGAGGGAGCGACCAGCCUACGCUACCCAUAAUAACAUCCUAUUCUACGUCAAGGAGCGCUACCUUCGCAAGCUGGACUUCACAACCUCCAAGGAUGUACCUGUCAUGCAGCUGAGGGGAGGAACCAAGAGUCCCGCCUUCGCGAUGUCCUUCAACCCCGCUGAGAAGGCUGUCCUUAUCUCAACUAGGACAAGCAAUGUAGACAACAGCACCUAUGAUCUCUAUCAGGUUCCAAAGGAAAGUGAUUCUCAGAAUCCAGAUGCCCCUGAAGGCAAGAGAUCAUCAGGACUGACAGCAGUGUGGGUUGCUCGCAACAGAUUUGCUGUCCUGGAUCGGAGCCACUCGCUUGUUAUUAAGAACCUGAAGAACGAGGUCACCAAGAAAGUCCAGGUCCCUACCUGUGAUGAGAUCUUCUACGCCGGGACCGGUAUGCUCCUGCUCCGCGAUCCCGAGAACGUUACCCUCUUUGAUGUCCAGCAGAAGCGCUCUCUCGGCUCCUGCCGCAUCUCCAAGGUCCGCUACGUGAUCUGGUCCAGUGAUAUGAUGCAUGUCGCACUCCUCAGCAAGCAUACUAUUGCUGUUUGCAAUCGCAAGUUGGAGACUCUCUGUACAAUCCAUGAGAAUAUUCGAGUAAAGAGCGGAGCUUGGGACGAGAGCGGAGUCUUCAUCUAUACUACCAGUAACCACAUCAAAUACGCCAUCACCAAUGGUGAUCACGGCAUCAUCCGAACCCUGGACGUGCCCAUCUACAUCACCCGGGUCAAAGGAUCGACCGUCUACUGCCUGGAUCGCGAGUGCCGAGCCAGGGUUAUGACCAUCGACCCAACCGAGUUCCGCUUCAAGCUGGCCCUGAUCCAUCGCAAGUACGACGAGGUGCUUCACAUGGUGAGGACGGCCAAGCUGGUCGGUCAGUCUAUCAUCGCCUACCUGCAGAAGAAGGGAUACCCGGAGGUGGCACUCCACUUCGUCAAGGAUGAGAAGACCAGGUUUGCCCUGGCUCUGGAGUGUGGAAAUAUUGAGGUUGCCCUGGAGGCUGCUCGAGCCUUGGAUGACAAGUCAUGCUGGGAGAAGCUAGGUGAGGCAGCCCUCUUGCAAGGCAACCAUCAGGUCGUUGAGAUGGCCUACCAGAGGACCAAGAACUUUGACAAGCUUUCCUUCCUCUAUCUCAUCACUGGAAACCUUGACAAGCUCAGGAAGAUGAUGAAAAUUGCUGAGAUCCGUAAAGACACCAGCGGUCAAUACCAGUGCGCCCUCUAUCUGGGAGACGUGGAAGAGAGAGUGAAGAUUCUCAAGAAUUGUGGACAGAAGUCCCUAGCCUACCUGACGGCCAAGACCCAUGGCCUGGAGGAAGAAGCGGAGGGCAUCUCCGAGAUGUUCAACGAGGACGACAAGCUCCCCGAGGUCUCUCCCAACGCCCAGCUCCUUCAGCCACCCGCGCCCAUCAUCCGCUCGGAGGAGAACUGGCCCCUCCUGACCGUCACCAAGGGCUUCUUUGAGGGUGCCAUGAACAGGAACAAGGCUGGUGCUGGUAGCGCCAUGGCAGCAGCUGUUGCUAUGGAUGAGGGUGAUGCUGGAGGAGACUGGGGAGAUGAUGCAGAGCUGGUUCUUGAUGGUGGUGAUGAGUUUGGCGAUGCCAUAGAAGGAUUUGGAGAUGAUGACGGUGACGGUGAAGGAGGGGCAUGGGAUGUUGAUGAAGAGUUAGAGCUACCUCCUGAUCUGGAUGUUCCAGUUGGAGGUGGUGCAGACGAUGACUAUUUCGUUGCCCCUGCUAAAGGAAUGAGCCAGAGUCAAGUCUGGGUGAAGAAUUCUCAACUUCCAGUAGACCAUAUACUUGCAGGUUCAUUCAGUACUGCCACACAGCUGCUUCAUGACCAAGUAGGUAUGGUAGAUUUCACACCUUACAAGCAGAUCUUCAUGCAGACCUAUGCCAGAGCAAGGACGUCCUUUGUUGGCUUACCGUCUCUCCCUCCACUGUCUGGUUACCCACAUAGAAACUGGCGUGAUGCAGGAGCUCGAGGUGGUCAGCCUGCAGUAGGUCUCAAACUAGCCCAUCUUGUCCAACGGUUACAGUCUGCUUACCAGCUCACCACUCAAGGGAAAUUCCCUGAUGCCAUCCUCAGAUUCAGGAGCAUCCUUCUCAGUAUACCGUUGCUCGUAGUCGACACCAAGCAGGAAAUCACAGAGGCUCAGCAGCUGAUUACGAUAUGCAGAGAGUACAUUGUUGGUCUGUCAAUGGAGCAGUACAGGAAAGAACAACCGAAGAGCAACCUUGAAGAACAGAAGAGAAUAUGUGAGCUUGCAGCCUACUUCUCACAUUGUAACCUCCAGCCCAUCCAUCAGAUCCUUACGCUCAGGACGGCCAUCAAUCUGUGGUUCAAACUAAAGAACUUCAAGACAGCUGCUGCUUUCGCAAGACGUCUCCUUGAACUCGGCCCUAAACCAGAUGUAGCACAACAGACCCGUAAGAUCCUACAAGCUUGUGAGAAGAGUCCAAACGAUGCUCAUAAACUGAACUAUGAUGAACACAAUCCCUUCGACAUCUGUGCUGCUACAUACAAGCCUAUCUACAGGGGAAAGCCUGUUGAGAAGUGCCCUCUGAGCGGCGCCUGCUACCUUCCACAGUUCAAGGGUGAGACGUGUCGCGUCACCCAGGUCACCGAGAUCGGCAAGGACACCAUCGGCCUCCGAAUCAGCCCCCUACAGUUCCGAUAGAACCCAACAUUCCCAGAAAGCUAACCACUGCUGAAUUUCAUAAAAUUAAUCAAUCAGUCGCCCAGGGGGUGCUCCACAAUGAGUUAAGUGAUGCAUCAGUGCUAUCAUGCACAAGAUAUUUGAUGCGUAAUACCCGUAGUAAACUAGCAGGACUAUUUAUUACAUUGCUUCCAUGACAUUUGCCCCUGCGACAAUUGCUUCUGCGGAAAAUGCACUGGCAAAAUUCUUCAGGAAACGGUUCAUUGUUACUACAUAACGCUAUAUCAGCAAUAACCUUUAGACAUCAACUAGGUUCUACAUUUGCACAUUUUCUUAUUCUUGAAGUUACCUUGUAAAUGAAAUAUUUGCAAGUCCUCUUUAACAGCGCUUUGUAUGCUCUGGAAAAGAGUACAGAAAUCUAAAGAUUAUUAUAUUUAGUACUGGGUGUGGCUACCGUGAAUGUUUUGCGUUGUCACCUGCGGAAAGCUAUCUAGAAUUGCAGAAUUUUUGAUGGAAAAGUUGAAUUUUUUUUCUUCAUCAAGAAACACAAGCAUAUCACAUCUAGAAUCACUUGUAAUAUGCCCCUGUGUGUAUCAGACCAUUUGCAAAAUAUCGAGAUAAGGUAGGAUAUUUUUUUGCUACUCUUUGACAACAAGACAAUUUUAAAUUUCUCUCACAUUUCAACUACUACUGUCAUCGUUGAAACAUUCCAUUUAAUGUUGCAAGAUGUGUUCAUUACUAACAAUGCAACAUCCAGUCUGAUGGAUGGUAUGGCAUUGGAGUCAUUAUAAUAGUUUUGGUUGGUCUUGAGUCUGCUUUGCUAAUAUUAUGGUGGAAUUACAUUGGAAGCUCACCAGAUAUGUCUAACUCAUUUCCUACUCGAACCAAGUGAUCCCAUACAAAGCCUACAUGUAUAUGAAUUGUAGAGUUCAGUUGUCAUAGGGUUAAAGCGAAGCAGAAUACGGUUGUCGCUACAUAUUACUAUUAUCAAUAUGUAUACACAAAUUUAGCAGUGUUUGAGAGAAUUGCCCUGUAUGGUUACAGCACAACACUGAAUAAUGAUCAUUUGAUUUAUUUAUUAGAAAAUUUAGUUACAAUACGAAAGUGUUUUUUUUUUUCAUUGUCUGGGGUUAGUAUUGCUUUGCUAACAAUACAGUGUUUCCUAUAAAUUGAAAUCAUGUAAUGUACAAAUGAAAUUUCUUAUAUUGGUGAUUACUUAAAUGUAGGACAUACUGAUGUGUAUGUUUAGCCUAUUCUGUGACAAGACUUUAUUAUUGAUUUUUGAAUGCUUGUUAUGAACAACAUUAUUAAAUAUGAAA